UUGUGACUGACAGCACUGGUCACAUGACCUGACAGCGGGACGAGCGCGAGCGCGCUGACGAGCUCGUCAUCUACGCGCGCGCCGGCCUGUAAUAUUUUUGACCCAGUCGGCGUGCCGUAGAGAUUGUAUCCUGUUGUGGGCAUUGCGGCUGGUGCGGGUUUGGGCAUUUCAGGCGCCAUGGAUGUGAAUCAGCCCAAGCAGGAGCAUCUACUGGCACUUAAAGGGGCCACAACGUCUGCUAGCGGGAUCAACCACUACAUACUAAAAGAAUCUGCAACAAAACUAUUUGAAGCGUUGAUGUGACCAAAAUGAUCCAGGUUUUACCAGCAUCCCUUCUUAUCCGGGCAGUCAUACGGCAUAGUGUAAAGGUUUCUUGACUGGUGCCGCUGAUGUGGGAACAUUAUUGGAGUGAUGGGAGAUAGCUAUAAACCGGAAAAGGAAGUGGUUGUGCACUACCGCACCUCUCAAAAUAGACUAGAAGACUUACAGCAAAUAGCAGCAGGCUCGUUAGAGAGAUUUCCUCUUAGGCGCUUGCCAACAUUCUGUCCAUGGUUUCCAGAUCAUGUGCAGAACUUUAUUCUCAAGCCUCUAACACGUCCUCCCUUAAUCUCGGUAGAGCUUUGUUCUAAGAUAUCUUAUGAUACAUUUGAUCCAGUCAAUGUGGUUCCCUUCAUGUACUGUGAUCCCACACCAAACCUGUUAGAGUUUAAGCCAAACAUCCAGACAAAAAAGGUUGAAGAUGGGCAAAUCGUGACAACAAAAAAAGAUGACUUCAUAUGUGACCCGCAAGCAAUGGGAGAAAGCAUUUCCAAGGAGAACCCAUCUGUUCGGUCAUGGAGUAUUUGUACUCGGAGAGCCAGCAAUGGGGAACCUAUCAUUGCCGCCUCUGAGCAGCUGAAAGACACCUUGGAAAGACUUCAGUUGAAUUUAUUCCAUAGGGGAAGAUGGACAAUUUUACCAUCAGUCUGUGGUGCUCUGAGUUUGGAGGACAUCUGGGGGAAACUGAGCAGAUUGAUGCGACACUGUGUUCUUCCAAGCUGUAAUGCUACAAUGCAGAGACACAUCCCUGAGAUAUGGAUAUUCUGUGACUUGCGUUACUGUGCGCAUAUUGGGACAUUAGUGAAAUCAGAAUUGAAACUCUGUGGCAGAAUUGACUUCUUUGUUCAUAAACAUGGCAUUAUUUUAAUGAUGCGCCUUACGAAACCCACCUUAUUCACCAAUAUCCCAGUGACAUGUGAGGAUAGAGACCUUCCGGGGGAUCUGUUUAGUACUCUCAUGAGAGAAGAUCCUUCUACGGUGAAAGGAGCAGAAAUAUUAAUGCUGGGUGAAAUGCUGACGCUACCGCAGAACUUUGGAAAUAUCUUUCUGGGUGAAACCUUUUCAAGCUACAUAAGUGUUCAUAAUGACAGCAAUCAAAUAGUUAAAGAUAUACAAGUCAAGGCAGAUCUCCAGACAAGCUCCCAGCGGCUGAACCUAUCUGCAUCCACGGCUGUGGUGGCUGAACUGAAAUCAGACAGUUGUAUAGAUGACGUCAUUCAUCAUGAAGUGAAAGAAAUAGGCACACACAUAUUAGUGUGUGCUGUAAGUUACACCACCCAGACUGGGGAGAAAAUGUACUUUAGGAAGUUCUUCAAAUUCCAGGUUCUUAAACCUCUUGAUGUCAAGACAAAGUUCUAUAAUGCAGAGAGUGACCUCAGUUCUGUGACAGAUGAAGUGUUCCUGGAAGCUCAGAUCCAGAACAUCACCACCUCCCCGAUGUUUAUGGAGAAGGUGUCCUUAGAGCCGUCCAUGAUGUACAAUGUGACCGAGCUGAACAGUGUAGUCAAGGACGGUGAAGGGUUGUCUACAUUUGGAACAAAGACUUAUCUACAGCCCAUGGACACGCGACAGUACUUAUACUGCUUGAAGCCCAAGCCAGAAUUUGCUGAAAAAGCUGGUGUUAUCAAGGGGGUCACAGUGAUCGGAAAACUGGACAUAGUGUGGAAAACAAACCUGGGGGAGAGAGGAAGACUACAGACCAGCCAGCUACAGAGAAUGGCACCAGGAUAUGGGGAUGUAAGGCUAUCUCUAGAGACUAUUCCAGAUACUGUCAAUCUGGAAGAACCAUUUGAUAUCACGUGUAAAAUCACUAACUGCAGCAGUGAAAGGACAAUGGAUUUGAUCCUUGAAAUGUGUAACACAAAUGCCAUUCACUGGUGCUGCGUAUCCGGAAGGCAGCUUGGCAAGCUGCACCCCAGCUCGUCCCUUUUUCUAACGCUCACCCUGCUGUCAUCUGUGCAGGGGCUGCAGAGUGUUUCUGGAUUAAGGCUGACGGACACAUUUUUGAAGAGAACGUAUGAGUACGAUGAUAUUGCCCAGGUCUGUGUCGUAUCUUCAAAAAACCAUCUUGAAAGUUGAUUCAGCUAAUGGUUUUAAGAUCCCUGGAUUUUCUGCCUGGACCCACACAACUCCAACAAAUUAUAUCUGUUCAUACAGAACUUUUAGCGUGAUGUAUUAUUUCAUAAAUUUCCAUUCAUGUGAGCCUGUGUAUUUUUAAAUUGAAUGGUUUUUAAACAUUGUAUUUUAUCUCAUUUCAGAAAAAUAAAGUGUAAAUAUGUUGAUAUGUAA